CCCCUUUUCUAUUUUCGUGCUGUCAAUCGAUCGAAGUUUUUCACUCCGCCCCGCCCCACUUGCCCGCCAAGACUUUCACCUUUCCUUCCCUUUCCCUUCCGCUGGGCUGAGGCUGGGCGCUACGGUACCCGAUUGAUUCGGAUUGAGCCAUCACCAUCAGAUCGAGCCAAACACGCGAGCACAUCUGCAUCCCAAGUCUAGACGCAACACAAGAUGAGUGCGGAAGGAGAAGUAGACAUGAAGGUUGAUCCCUCGCGUGCGAAGGCGCUAUCCUCCGCCAUCUCCUCUGUCACACAGCGCAUUGAGGCUGUUGCAGGCGGCAGAAAUGUUAGAUUAGUGGCCGUCUCGAAGCUGAAGCCUGCGUCUGAUAUCCUAGCGCUGUAUCAAGAGAGCAAACAGCUGCAUUUUGGAGAGAACUAUGCGCAGGAAUUGAUGGAGAAGGCGGCGGUCCUGCCGAGGGACAUUAGGUGGCAUUUUAUUGGAGGGUUGCAAUCAAAUAAAUGCAAACCCCUCACCUCCACAAUACCCAACCUCUUCCUCGUCUCCUCGGUCGACAGCCAAAAGAAAGCAACCCAACUCGACAAAGGCCGCGCUGAACUUUCCUCCUCGCAACCCUCCACCUCCUCAAUCACCCUCGGCCCACUCAACAUCCACAUCCAAAUCAACACCUCGGGCGAAGAAUCGAAAUCCGGCGUAACACCCGGCCCCGAAGCCACCUCACUCGCGCGGCACAUCCUGACCUCCUGCCCACAUCUCAAUCUCCUUGGUCUCAUGACGAUCGGCGCAAUCGCGAGAAGCAAGGCGGCGAAGGAGGGAGAAGAGAAUGAGGAUUUCAUCGCUUUGAGGGGGGAGAGGGAUAGGUUGGAAGGGGAAUUAGGGGAUGAGUUGAAGGGGAGGAGACUGGAGCUGAGCAUGGGGAUGAGUGAUGAUUUUGAGGGCGCGAUUGGGAUGGGGAGUGAUGAGGUGAGAGUGGGGAGUACGGUUUUUGGAGAGAGACCGGCGAAGGAGGAUUUCAAGGUGAAGCGGCAGGUUGAGGCUGGGAAGGAGUGAGGGAUCAAUGCAUAGGUGAGGCUGAAUGCGCAUAGAAAAUUUUCACCUCUGCUAGGCGGCAAGGCUCGCAUGGUGCGUUAUCAGAAAACGCUGAUAAACGUCAACAACUGUAAGACUAAUUCAUCUUUCCUACAGCACUGAACCGCUUAAAACAUCGGCGAAAAGGAUAUAAAAGGGAAGAUUCCCAAGGGAAACUUUCUACUGACAAU